AUGACACACCACCUGGGCUCAACCACCACCCACCACCCACCACCCCCAAAACCACCAUCACGACACACCACCUGGGCUCAACCACCACCCACCACCCACCACCCCCAAAACCACCACCACGACACACCACCUGGGCUCAACCACCACCCACCACCACCACCCCCAAAACCACCACCACGACACACCACCUGGGCUCAACCGCCACCCACCACCACCACCCCCAAAACCACCAUCACGACACACCACCUGGGCUCAACCACCACCCACCACCCACCACCCCCAAAACCACCAUCACGACACACCACCUGGGCUCAACCACCACCCACCACCCACCACCCCCAAAACCACCAUCACGACACACCACCUGGGCUCAACCACCACCCACCACCCACCACCCCCAAAACCACCAUCACGACACACCACCUGGGCUCAACCACCCACCACCCACCACCCCCAAAACCACCACCACGACACACCACCUGGGCUCAACCACCACCCACCACCACCACCCCCAAAACCACCACCACGACACACCACCUGGGCUCAACCACCACCCACCACCACCACCCCCAAAACCACCACCACGACCAAUACCACCUCCAUGACACACCACCUGGGCUCAACCACCACCCACCACCCACCACCCCCAAAACCACCAUCACGACACACCACCUGGGCUCAACCACCACCCACCACCCACCACCCCCAAAACCACCACCACGACACACCACCUGGGCUCAACCACCACCCACCACCACCACCCCCAAAACCACCACCACGACACACCACCUGGGCUCAACCGCCACCCACCACCACCACCCCCAAAACCACCAUCACGACACACCACCUGGGCUCAACCACCACCCACCACCACCACCCCAAAAACCACCACCACGACACACCACCUGGGCUCAACCACCACCCACCACCCACCACCCCCAAAACCACCACCACGACACACCACCUGGGCUCAACCACCACCCACCACCACCACCCCCAAAACCACCACCACGACACACCACCUGGGCUCAACCACCACCCACCACCACCACCCCCAAAACCACCAUCACGACACACCACCUGGGCUCAACCACCCACCACCCACCACCACCACCCCCAAAACCACCACCACGACACACCACCUGGAAAGCACCACACCUGAUUAAUGUUCUCUAUGGUGAAGUUAUUGACCAUCUUAACAAAGCCAGCAUGAGUCGGCCUCCCCAGGAGUCCCUGCACAACCCUCAGGCUACACUGAAGUAUGGGAAAUUAGUUCCGAGGAUUAGGAAGCUAGCCUGCUAUGGCAUAUUAAGAAAUAGUGACAAUCGCAAACUGUUCAGGAAACUGAACAUGACCAGUUCACAAGCUUCCAGGAAAGGGAUGAGUUACAAGUCACAGAGUUAA